AGCUAGUCUUAGAUUCUGCAGAGCAUAUUCACUAACUAUGGCGUCCAAACCGGUCACUUAUGGAGGAUCUCUUGCUGUACCUAACGUUCAGGAGUUGAUCAAGGAGCCCAUCAACACUGUCCCACCCCGCUACAUCCGUCCCGAUCAGGAUCCUCCAAUCAUCUCUGAUACUGUCUCACUCCCUGCAGUCCCUAUAAUUGACUUGCAGAAAUUACUCUCAGUAGAAUCCAUGGACUCAGAACUGGCGAGACUACACUCUGCUUGUCAAGAUUGGGGUUUCUUCCAACUGAUAAACCAUGGAGUCAGCUCUUCACUGGUUGAGAAAACAAAGUUGGAGAUUCAAGAGUUCUUCAAGCUACCAAUGGAAGAGAAAAAGAAGUUCUGGCAGCAACCAGGAGAUUUGGAAGGCUUUGGGCAGGCCUUUGUUGUAUCUGUGGAGCAGAAACUUGAUUGGGGAGACAUGUUCUUCUUGGUAACCCAGCCAACAUACCUACGGAAGCCCCAAUUAUUUCCCAAACUCCCCCUUCCUUUCAGAGACACAUUGGAUGUUUAUUCGUUGGAGCUGAAAAAGAUUGCCAUGGCCAUAUUGGAACAGAUGGGGAAAGCCCUGAAGAUGGAGACUGGUGAGAUAAUAGAGCUGUUUAGUGAUGGGAUGCAAUCAAUGAGAAUGAAUUACUAUCCUCCAUGUCCUCGACCAGAGCAAGUAAUUGGACUUUCACCACACUCAGAUGCGGUGGGUUUAACCAUUCUCCUUCAACUUAACGAAAUGGAAGGACUUCAGAUAAGAAAAGAUGGGAACUGGAUUCCAAUUAAACCUCUUCCAGAUUCUUUUAUAGUCAACAUUGGAGACAUCAUGGAGAUUGUGAGCAAUGGGACAUACCGCAGCAUUGAGCACAGGGCAACAGUGAACUCAGAGAAAGAGCGACUCUCUAUGGCGACAUUCUACAGCCCAAAUCCUGAUAAAGAAGUGGGCCCUGCAAGAAGCUUGAUCGGACCAGGUAGACCAGCAUUGUUUAGAAGAGUAGGGGUUGAAGAUUACAUCAAGGCACUCUUUUCUCGGAAGCUUGAUGGAAAAGGUUAUAUUGAAGUCCUGAGGAUUCAAAACGGGGAAGGCAGUGCUAAUUGAGGAUAUUAUGCUUAUAACUUAAAGAUUCAAUAAGUUGUUAAAUGCUAAUAAGCAUAUAAAUAAAUUGGACUUUGCUCUGAACUUGCCAAUGUGUUGUCAUGUUUAAUAAAAGUUGGG